GGAGGAGCAUGAAGGAGCUGCUCAGUUUCUGAGGACAGAAACACAAACCGGUUGCGAUGGGAAACACGGACAGUCAGAGCGGCUUCGUCCCUCCGGCAAAGUCGUCCUCCUCGCUCAGGUUCUCCUCUAGAAGGGAGGAGGUGCCGUCGGCUCGCAGCUGGUGGAGGAGCAGUCAGGGAGGCAGCAGGAGCCGGGGGAGGACGUAUAUGAACCAGCAUGCCGCCGGCCCGCCGUACACCUCCUGGCAUUAUGAACACGCAACCAGAGGAGGCUCCAAACUGGGAGCCGGCUCUCCUCAGAGGUUUAUCAGAGGGAACCAGUUCGGUUACUUGGAUAACGGAGGGGGGAGUAACGGCGGGUGUGGUGAGCGGACGUCCCUGGAGAGCGGUGGCGGUGGUGGCAGCCCCAAGGUGCUGCUCAGCAAAGAUGGCAGCAUGAGGGUGGAGUUCACCAACACCAGGGGAGUCCCCAUGGAGCCCCAGGGGCUCACCACCACCGCUGCCCCCCCAGUUGCAGAACCCUCCCUCCGCACAAGUAAAGGCAGCUCGCUCAGCUCCGACGGCUCCUGGUACGACUCGCCGUGGGGGGCCGGCGGUGAGCUGGUGGACAACGUGUUUGUCUGCGGGCCGAGUGUAGCUAACAGCAGUGGGUACACCACCUACUCUUCCUCCCGCACAGAGGAGACGGCCACCGACAGCAGCGGCUACAACACCGUCUUCUCAGCGCAGGUGGAUAUCUCACCGGGAUUUAACUCCAACCUCCUCUUCCCCGCCGCGCAGACCGUCAAGUUCACCGCCGCCGCCGGUUACAACACCUGCUCCUCCGGGCGAACGGAAGACAGCGGCAUCGGAGACUCGCUGAUCCUGCAGGCCGACAUGAGAGACUUCAGCCUGGCUUCACCUUCCUCCACCUCCCUGGACAGCGUUUACCACAACGCGCUGCCCGCCUUCCUCACCACACCGGACGCCUCCCUGCAGCGGAGGACCGCCUCCUCCUCGUCCUCGGCGCUGAUGCUGGAUGAUGUCAUCCAGGAGGAGGAGGGGUCAGGAGGAGGUGUGGAGCAGCGUUACUCCUCCAUGACGCUUCCCUGUCGCAGGGCCGAGGCCGCAGCCCCCCCCUCCACCUCCUCCGGGAACAGCCGCAAAGACUUCCUGAAGAGCCGAAUUCGACGACUCAGCGACUGGACAGGAAGUCUGAGCAGGAAGAAGAGGAGGAUCCAGGAGCCGUACGGCAGCGACACCAGUGAAGUUUUCAUCGACGGGUCGGACUCGUGGCGUGUUGGCUGCGGCACACUGUGGUCCUCCAACCCUCUGCAAACUCAGAACCAGAACCAGUUCCCAGCGGUCCACUGUGGCUCUUCCAGGAGCCUGAACCAGAACCAGAGCGGCGAUGUCCAGCGGCAGAACGUCUACGAGAACUUCAUGCAGGAGUUGGAGACGGGCUGCAGCAGCGUGGCGGACCGCACCGAGCCGUCGGAGGAGGAAGAGGAGGAAGAGGAGGAUGAAGAGGAGGAGGAGGAGGAGGAUGGAGAUGGGGAAGAGGAGGGGGGGGGAGGCGAGCAGCUGGACGUCCUGUUUGACAAGGAGCAGGGCGCGGUGCGACGGGCCGGAUGGCUCUCCUUCAAAGCUCUCAUCACAGUCAGCAAGGACAGGAAGCUGGAGCUGGUGGCUCGCCGCAAGUGGAGACACUACUGGGUCACACUCAAAGGUUGCUCUCUGCUGUUUUAUGAGACUUACGGGAAAAGCGUGAGCGCUGAGCAGGAGCUUUCUCCUCGCUACGCUCUGCUGGCCGACGACAGCAUCGUGCAGGCCGUCCCCGAACAUCCCAAGAAGGAACACGUCUUCUGUCUGAGCAACUCACACGGAGACGUCUACCUGUUCCAGGCCACCAACCAGACCGACCUGGAGAACUGGGUGACGGCGAUCCACUCUGCGAGCGCCUCGCUGCUGGCCAAGCGUCAGGGGAAGGAGGACACGCUGCGCCUGCUGCGCUGCGAGAGCCGCUCGCUGCUGCACAAGAUCGACAUGGACGGGAAGAUGAAGAAGAUGGCGGAGCUGCAGCUGUCCGUCAUCAAGGAGCAGAAGAACAGGAAGGCCGUGGAGAGCCAGAUCCAGCAGUGGGAGCAGAACCUGGAGAAGCUGAACCUGGAUCUGUUCCGGCUGCGCUGCUAUCUGUCCAGCCUGCAGGGCAGCGAGCUGCCCAACCCCAAGAGCCUCCUCGCUGUGGCCGGCCGGCCCUCCAAGAGCAUGCUGGGACGCCUGGGAGUCUUCUCCGUGUCCUCCUUCCAUGCUCUGGUGUGCAGCAGAGACAAGGGGACGCUGAGGCGGCGCUAUCGCUCCGUGUCCGGAGGAGGUGGCAGGAGGAGGGGGGGGCUGCCGUCCUCUCUGAAGGAGCUGGACGCACUGAAGACGCGCAUCAGGGACGGCAGACACACGGCCCAGAGAGAGGCGGCGCCCCCUGCAGGACGUCCUGCAGCUCUACAGCCGUCAGAAGCUUUUACUCUGAACGUCCGUCGACUCGACGCUGCCAAAGACUUUGGUUUUGCAGUGACGGGUCACGUGGACGGAGCGGGCGAAAGUCACGUCUACGUCAGCGAGGUCGACCCGCUGGGCCCGUCGGCCGCAGGAGGCCUCAGGGCGGGAGAUGAGGUCCUGGCUGUGAACGGGGCUGUGGUGUCGGCUCUGGACCUGGACCUGAUGCAGAGUCUCUUCAGCCCCCAGAAGCUGCAGCUACUGCUCAGGAGGGACGAGGAGCCCGCGGAGCCCCCGGCCCCCCCCGCCCCCCCGUACCUGCUCCCCUGGACCAACACCGCUUCUGCAGACGGUGUCCUGCUUCCUGUUUGUGACGGCGAGCUGCAGAGACAGAACGUGGAGCGGGUUCACGCUCUCUAUCAAACCUUCCCAGAAUGCCGAGCGGCAGAGACUGAUGUUCCCAGGAACCCGUACAGCCGGGAGGCCGGCCUGCAGCCCCCGAGCCCCGCCCACCUCAGUGUGUGUCAGCGUCUGCGGAAAGUCAUCCAGGAGCUGGUGGACACCGAGAAGUCCUACGUCAAGGACCUGGUGUGUCUGUUCGAGCUGUACCUGACGCCGCUGCAGAAGGAGCCCUUCCUCAGUAAAGCAGAGAUGGAGGCGUUGUUCGGCAGCCUGCCGGAGAUGUUGGACUUUCAGAAGGUUUUCCUUCAGACGCUGGAGCAGAGGAUCGCUUCCUGUCCCAACUUCAGCAGCCUAGAGACACCGGGGCAGUUCAAGAAACUCCUGUUUUCGUUGGGAGGGUCUUUCCUGUACUACGCCGAUCACUUCAAGCACUACAGCGGCUUCUGUGCCAAUCACAUCAAAGUCCAGAAGGUCCUGGAGAGAGCGAAGACGGACGGAGCCUUCAAACACUUCCUGGAGGCGAGGAAUCCGACCAAUCAGCACUCGUCGUCUCUGGAGUCGUACCUGAUCAAACCUGUGCAGAGAGUCCUGAAGUAUCCACUGCUGCUGAGAGAGCUGGUGUCUCUGACCGACCCCGAGAGCCCCGAACACACACACCUGACAGAGGCGCUGAGAGCGAUGGAGAAGGUGGCGACUCACAUCAAUGAGAUGCAGAAGAUCUAUGAGGACUACGGCUGCGUGUUCGACCAGCUGGCUGCAGAGCACAGCGCUCCUGACAAACAGGUGACGGAGAUCUCGAUGGGGGAGUUUCUGAUCCACUCGUCGGUGGUGUGGUUGAACCCGCUGCCCUGCCUGGGACGCCUGAGGAAGGAGCCCGAGCUCACGCUGUUUGUGUUCAAGCGAGCCGUCAUCCUGGUUUACCGUGAGAACAUCAAGCUGAAGAAGAGGAUGACGGUGUCUCGCUCAGCUGAUCUGGACCCCUUCAGGUUCCGCUGGUUAAUCCCAGUUUCAGCGGUUCAGGUCAGACCGGCCAACAUCACAGGCUCGGAGAACGAGUGUGUGUGGGAGCUGGUCCACAGCCGGUCGGAGGUGGAGGGCCGACCGGAGACCGUGUUUCAGCUCUGCAGCAGUGGUCUGGAGACGAAGGCCAGCGUACUGCGAGCUUUGCGCUCCCUCCUCAGAGACCGAGCGCCCGCCGGCUCCCUGAGGAGGACCCGGCUGUCGACGGAGAGGAGCAGCUCCUGGAGGAGGAGGCAGCAGCGGUGUCGCUCCGACAGCCAGAGGACCGUGGAGGAGAGCCGCAGGGCCGGCAUCGGCUCCAUCCUGGGAGAAACCUGCUCGGAGCCCCUGCUGCCCCGCCGCGCCGCCUGCGACCCCACCGGGAAGAGAACCAGACUCUGCUCCCUGACCAGCGAGCUGGAGGCCCAGCUGCAGAGGCUGAACUUCACCGAGGAGGAGGCGGAGCGAGGAGCGGCGUCUCAGAGCGGCGACCGGAGGCACGUGGAGAAGAGGCGGAGCUCCAGUCUGCGACGGACCGCUGCAGGGGAAGCACCGGACAUCCUGCUGGAGAGAGACUUCAGCGUGCAGAGCAUGACCUCCAUGAUCAACGAGGACUGUUUCUACGACAGCGUGCUCGGGACACAUCCGGCUGCUGUGCCCACGCUGCAGGGCUGACACGCUGCAGGGCUGACACGCUGCAGGGCUGACACGCUGCAGGGCUGACACGCUGCAGGGCUGACACGCCAGCCCGCACGACAAACUCCGGUUACACAACACACCUUAAGUUUUCUCCUUCAGUUUGACACUUACUGCUGUCGCUCACACGGGUCUUCAAAUGUCUGAAAAUACACAAAAAAAACUAUUUAACGCACAAAGCAUGGAAGACAGAACCUCGAGGACUCACCUGAGCUUACAUACCUGCUGAUCAUUAUUUAAUAUCUUCUGUCAGUUUGUCUGUCAGGUUUUUACUUUCUUCACUUUGAGGGAUUCUGUAAUUGAAGAACACCUUAAACAACAAGUGAACAAGUGAAGGGAACUGUAAGGAGAACAUUUAAAGGUGCAACAGAUCUUAAGGUUUUAAAUUCUCACAUCACGAGGAUCUCAUUGAGCAACAUGUGGGAAAUAAAACCUGAGAACCAGCGGAGAAGUUUCAUCAAACUGAAUCUGAUCCUCCCCGUCUGAAGUCAUGAAGUUAUGAACUCAUGAAGUUAUGAAG